UUCACGUUCACAGAGAGCGCUGGUGCUGGAUCAAAUCAGAUCGGAUCAGAUGCGCUAGAGGAGUCGGACUGUUGAGGUGAUGAUGGCGGCAGCGCUAGAGAGAGGAGGGCUUCGGGCUGCCUUCCUGAACCCGGGCAUCGGAGGCGGAGGAGCGGCUCCGGCGGCAGCGGGCGGCGGAGGGGCUGCAUCCGCGGCCGGGGCGCUUGUGUGCGGCUCGGCGGGCUCCGGGUCCACGCCGGUCCCCAUGAACCUCUUCGCCACCUGGGAGAUCGACCGCUCGUCGUCCCCGAGCUGUGUGCCCAGGCUGUGUAGUCUGACUUUGAAGAAGCUCAUUGUGCUGAAGGAGUUAGAUAAAGAAUUGAACUCGGUGCUCAUCGCUGUGAAGAUUCAGGGCUCAAAACGUGUGUUGAGAUCGAACGAGUACAUCCUCCCGCCCAGCGGUCUGAUGGAGACGGAGCUGGAGCUGACCUUCUCACUGCAGUAUCCUCACUUUCUGAAGAGAGACGCCAACCGCUUACAGAUUCUGCUGCAGAGACGAAAACGCUACAAAAACAGAACGAUCCUGGGCUACAAGACUCUGGCGGUCGGUGUCAUCAACAUGGCCGAGGUGUUGCAGCACCCGACGGAUGGAGGUCAGAUUCUGGGUCUCCAUAGCAACAUGAAGGACGCUCCCGCACGCGUGGCCGAGAUCAGCGUGUUCUCUCUGUCCAGUCAAGCCAUCGAUCACGAGUACAGCAGCGGCCGCACGAGAGCACAGAUCAAAGCCUGCGAUCGGUCUCCUGACAUGGACAAUUAUUCUGAAGAUGACGAUGAUAGUUAUUCAUCCGAGCAAGAGGCCAGUGAUGAUGCUGUACACGGACAGGAUCUGUACGAUGAAGACGACGAUGUACGAAAGCCGAAAAAACCCAGACGGAAAAUGAUCAGAACGAUCUCAAUGUCACGACAACCUAACUUCAAACAGAAAUUUGUGGCGUUAUUGAAGAGAUUUAAAGUCACAGAUGAGGUUCUAGAUUCAGACCGGGUGGAUCAGACGCAGGAGGUGGAGGAGGAUUUGGAUCUGUUGUAUGACAGUCUAGAAGUUUAUAAUCCGAGUGACAGCGGUCCGGAGCUGGAAGACACCGAGAGCGUCGUGAGCACGCCCAAACCCAAACUCAAGCCGUUUUUUGAGGGCGUCUCACACUCCAGUUCUCAGACAGAGAUCGGCAGCGUUCACAGUCACAAUCAACAUACGCACGUCUCUGAUAUGGGCUGUGACUUCCUGUCGGUGGAUGUGUGUAAAAGACCCGGAUCACGACAUCAAGAUGAUGGUAGUAUGGACAAUGCAGUUGGGGAGCUUGACGUGGAGCAUCAUGGGACGGCAUCAUCAGAUGUGUCGGCCGGUUGGGAGCCCAGCGUGGAUCGGUCGGGCAGCUCUGUUGCAAAACUGUGCAGGACCGAAUCCCAAAAUCCCAUGUCACCCAGUAAAACAGAGAGCCGGGUGCUCCGGCAGGCGAGCAGGACGUCUAUGAAGGACAGACAGAAUUCUAAAGUUCAGUGCGACCGCACGGCCAGCGUGGACUUCGAGUUAUCACCUGAUGCCCGUUUCACCACACAGGUGCCCAGGAAAUCUGUGUAUGAUCAACUCAAUCAGAUUCUGAUCUCCGACGAGAGACUUCCUGAAAACAUCAUCCUCAUCAACACACUCGACUGGCAGGGUCAGUAUGUUGGCGAGGUUCUGCAGAAACACUCUCAGCCCAUCGUGUCCACCUGCUCGCCCGCUGAUGUACAGGCUGCGUUUAACACCAUCGUCACACGGAUUCAGAGAUUCUGUAACUGUAAUGCUCAGACUCCGCCCACAAUUAAGGUUGCCGUGGCGGGCGAUCAGGGAUACCUCAGCACUGUCCUGAGAUUCUUUGUGGAUCUGCUGGCCAAUAAGACGCCUGAUUGGCUGAGCUACAUCCGCUUCCUCAUCAUCCCUCUUGGUUCUCAUCCUCUUGCGAAGCACGUGUCAUCAUUCGACAGUAAAUUUAACAGCAUGUUCAUGGACCCGUCGUGGAGAGAGCUGUUCUGUCGUUCAGAGCCUCCGCCCUCAGACACUGUGGAUGUGGCGGGACGAAUCAUUCAGUAUCUCGCUGGAGCAAACGUGUCCCAUCAGUUCCCAAUCUCUGAAGCCAUGCUGACCUACAGACAGAAGUGUGCAGAUGAAGACUCGUGCCAAAAAUUUGUGCCAUUUAUUGGGGUUGUGAAGGUGGGCAUCGUGGAACACAAUCUCUCAACAUCAGUGGAUUCUGAUGAUGCGUUGUGCAGUAUUAUGGGCAUUGUGUCCCCACCCUCUGCACAGCCGGCCACGCCCCAUGGGAAGGAUAUUUAUGGGACUCCGCCCCCUUCACCCUCUGCAUGCGCUGCUUUCGGAGCUGGUUCUCCGUGCACAGGUGGAGAGCUGAUGGGGCUGCAGGUGGAUUAUUGGACGUGGCAGGGUGGAGAGAAGAAGCGUGAAGGUGAGCGGAGAGACGUGGGUUUGAAGAACACACUGAAGAGUCACUUCCGCUCUCUACAGGUCAGCCGUCUGCCCAGCGGCGGGGAAAUGACUCCUCCUCACGGCAUGGCCAUGACUGUUGUGACUAAAGAGAAAAACAAGAAAGUGAUCUUUCUCAGUAAGAAACUGAAGGAGAAGGAUGUGGAUUCCAGGAGUCAGGUGAUCGACGGCAUCAGCAGACUCAUCUGUACGGCCAAACAUCAGCACACCAUGCUCAGAGUGUGUAUAGAUGGAGUGGAGUGGAAUGAUGUGAAGUUUUUCCAGCUGGCGGCUCAGUGGCCCACACAUGUCAAACACUUCCCUGUGGGUGUGUUUGGAUACAGCAAACCGGUGUGAUGAGCGCAGGAGUGAGCGAAGAAGACGGAGGAGAAAAGCCAACGUCUGUGAUUCAGUCUGGAGUUUCCUGUGGAAACUUGACCGUCUCACAUGAAUUAUUCUCCACGUGUACAUCUAUAUUGUUGUGUGAGAGAGAGAGCGUCGUGUUUUAGAUGAGAACGGGUUGCCGUCAUACAGCGAUGGAUGGUGACAUUGAAGCACUUUGUGUUGUUUUUACUCAUUUUAUCGUUUCUGUGAAAUGUGGUGGAGAAUGUCGUCAGGUGCAUGAUGGGAUACUGAAGGUGUGUUGCUGUGAAUUUGGUGGACUUUCUUCUCUCUCAAUGUAGGACCUCCGUGUGUGCAUUGUGUUUUUUUUGUAGUGACAUUUCGAAUACAAUGGUGGAUAUUUAACCUGCUUUUUAUUCUCAAAGCACACUGUGCAGAAAGCAAAAAAUGAACUGGGUUUGGACAGAAUCAAGGUAAAGAGGCACAAAGCAGGGUCUUUUCUACACAUGAUAAAGACGUUAGUUAUCUUGCCUUGGCACUUUAACAUACCUCAAUAGAAACAUGUGUUUUGUAGAAUCAUGACUGACGGUUUUUGACACAACUCCGUCACACACGUGUGCAAACAUCACGUGACAUACAGCACAACAUUAUUAUCGUGUGUAUGAAUGUUUUAAUCCAUCAGAUAGAUCACAGUUAACAUCACCAGAGCACAAACACUUCAGGAUUGUGUCACGAGUGUCUUUAUCUGACAUCAUCUGAUGUGCUUCGUGUUAUUGAUCACACGUUUCUCUUUCAUAGCUCAUGAGAUUUGAGUUCUCAGCUGUGUUUCAUUUAAGUGUGAGUCAGAUGUUUCUCCUCAGACUGUUUGGAAAUAAAAAGAGACAUGAGGAGUCUGGAGGUGAGAAAUGAACGUGGUUUGUCGAGGUCAAAUAAUCUGGAUUUGACGAGAAAUGUUUGAGUUGAUAUUGAGAUCUUCAGUAAUAUUGACUUUUGAUUGAAGACGAGACAAAUCUGUACUCAAUUUGACACAUUUUUUUUCUGACUCGUUUCCUCGGGAGAAAUAUCUGACAGAUGAGCACAAGUUUCCAGAAAUAGUUGUGAUAUUAAAGAGAUUUUCUUGUUCAUUUAUUAUGUAGCUGGAACUUGUGCGACAUCGUACUGUAUGUGUCUGCUCUUAUGCAGUCGUAAACACAGUUUUUGGUAUUGAAAGAGCAGCACGGGAUCCAUGAAUCAGAUUUAUUUUGAGUUUUGAAAUGCGAGUUCAGUCCUGCACGUUAACCAACAGUAUUUAUUUGAGCACUAAAUAUGAAAAUCCCAUCUUUCAGUUGUAUUUGAGAGGAAACUCUUUGGUUUGGUUGAAUUGCUCUUAUAGAAGGGAAGUGUGUGUGUGUGUGUUAUGGUGCGUCAUGUGUUUAUGUCUUGUGUUCUGGUGAUGAAUGUAUUGUAUGUACAGUAUUAAUGCUUCGAGGAUUAUUUACAGUGUCUUCUCUUAUAACUGUAACCACUCAAAGUCUCAACAGAUUUUAUCAAAGCUGCUUUUUUCGGUAACUUGCAAAAGUGAUUUGAUACUUCAAGACCCGUUAAUAUGAUAAAUUAAGCACAUUAAUACAGAACUUGUUUUUAAGAACCACUACAAACUCUCUCCAUGUGUUCAGACAUAUAGAAAUGAGGGAAAGAGUGAAUGUUUUUAUAAUAAAAAAUGUUUUGUCAUCUCUUGUUGUUGUUAGCAAACGUGUCUUUAACCCCAUUUGCUUUGUACCGGUGUUCCAUAUAUUUAGUCACAUAUUUAAUGAAGUUCAGGUAACUGUCCCGCAUUACGUUUAACCAAACGGACAACAGGAUUGUAAACCGUAACCUGUCAAAGAACAUUUAAUCUCGGACGCUGAUGGCAGCACCUUUGCACAAAAACUCAUUUUGAGAGAAUUUUUAUGUAACCACUCGUGAAAACGUCGUUUAACCUUUGCAUGUUUGACCUUUGAAGUAUGUUGCAGUAUUUUAUAGCUUUAUACACUUACACAUGCAGUUGUGUUUAAAUAAAAUGUUUUUAUCCUCA